AUGGCGUCACCUUCCGGUACACCGAAAGCACCAUCCCCUCCCCCCAACCAGAUGCCCACGAAAAUGGAGAGAAGAAUGUCACACUUCAAAGAAUACAAGUUCUUCAGAAGCUUCAGCGCGAAAAUUGAAAAUUGGCCGAUGAGAAAAGCUGAACAACUGUGGCGCAAGAUGAGAGAAAGAAAAAUAGCAGGCGUGCAGUGA